UGCUGUGCGUGCAGGCGCUGCAGGAGGAGCAGGCGCUGGGUGGCGUGCAGCAGGUGUUGGCCGAGCAGCUCCAGCUGUGGCUGGCCCAGAACUCCCUGAGGCCCGGCUUCCUGGUCUCGGGCGGCAGCCCUGGCGUGGAGCGGGCCACGAAGGACGGCGGCCACACCCACAUCCCCUGCUUCGCUCACUGCCUGAGCCAGCUGGUGCUCGGCUUCCUGCGCCUCCACCGCAGCAUCGAGGGCACACUGGGGGUGGCCCGUGCCAUCUGCGCCCACUUCGCCCGCUCGCCGGAGGCCAGGAGGGGGCUGGCGGAGCUGCAGCGGCAGCACGGCUUGGCCCCGCGCCGGCUGAAGCAGGAGGCCACGGCGAGCUGGGACUCCACCUACUACAUGCUGGAGCGGCUGCUGGCGCUGCAGCCGGCUGUGCAGGAGUACGUGGGCAAGCGCCGGAUGGGCGAGGCUGGCCUGGCCCUGAGCGCCACCCAGUGGACGCUGAUGCGCAGCCUGGUGGAGCUGCUGCAGCCCUUCGAGAUGGCCGUGCGGGAGGCGAGCGCGGCCGACGCCUCACUGAGCCAGGUGCUGCCGCAGGUGCGCUACCUGCACAUCUUCCUCCAGCAGAUCCGCCUGCGCUUCGAGAGCCAGGCCGGGGAGGGGGCUGGCUCCGCCGUGCGCCUGGCCGAGAGCCUGGCCCUGCAGCUCUCCAGCGAGCCCCGGCUCAGCGAGAUGUUCCACCGCCAGGAGUACGUGCUGGCCACGCUGCUCGACCCCCGCUUCAAGGGCAGGAUGGACGCCAUCCUGCCGCUGGGCUCCGACCUCGACCACUGGAAGCAGCUGCUGGUCCGGAAGGUGAAGGAGCUCCUGGCCUCCCCCACUGGCUGCCCUUCCUCCCCCUGGAAUGCCCAGCCCGGCAAGGCUUUCUGCGUGGACGCGGCCCCGCAGCCCCAGGAGGCAGAGACGGAGCCCCAUUGGGACAGGGGGCCGAGUGGGAAGAGCUCCACGGUGCCUCCACUGAUCCAGAAGGAGAAGACCCUGACCGAGCACCUGGAGAGCGUGGGGCUGCUGGCCUCUGAGGGCCGCGGGGCCUCCCUCCCCACCGAGAGCCACUCGGCCUGUGUGAUGGUGGAGAGGUACCUGCGGGACAACCAGACCAUCGGGGCCCGGGAGGACCCGCUGGGGUACUGGGAGAAGCGGCACUGGCUCUGGCCGGCCCUGGCCAAACUGGCCAUGCUCUACCUGUCCUGCCCGCCCUCGGGGGCCUUCUCGGAGCGCAUCUUCACCGCCCCAGACAGCCCCUUCUCCGAGAGGCGCCCCCCGCAGGGGGAGAGCACAGAGCGCCUCGUCUUUCUGAGAGCCAACCUGGGGGCCUUCCCCGACUACCCCCCGCCGCCCCUCAUCUGCUCCGAGAACGACAGCGCAGGCAGCAGCAGCGGGGAGGAGGGGACCCGGCCGGCUUAGAGACCGUCUCCGAGAUACAGGCAGCGGGGCACCUGCCCGUCUCCGGGGGGCUGGUGCGUUGCCGGCGUGACCCGGCGUGGCCGCCCGGGCAGCGGGCUCCAGGGAGCCCUGUGGGGCAGAGGCGCGUGGAAGGG